AUGGGCAGCACAACUCCCCUUCAUGUCACUAACAGUCCCCUCCGCAGCACCCAGCUCUCACCUGUACACAGCAACAUAUCCAGCCCUAGAGAGGUGGAGAGGCUGGCUAAAGCCCGGAGUAAACUCCUGGAGAGUGAGUGUAACCAAACCCCCACCCUUCCUCCAGAAACCAGAGAGCAAAUUCGCUAUGUCUCCAAGGAUGGAAAGUGUCGUGUCAACCUGGGCUACAUAUCUGAGAGGGGUCGCUUUCUGUCUGACAUCUUUACCUCUUUUGUGGACCUUCAGUACCGCUGGUUUCUAUUUGUAUUCAUGAUGUGCUACAUCACCACCUGGUUCUUGUUUGCUGGGCUCUACUUCUUGAAUGCUUUCUUCCGAGGUGACCUAGGGCAAGAGCGACCCCUGAGCACCCAUGUAGAACACCUUGUAGACCAAAGGCCCUGCUAUUUAGGUGUAGAUGGCUUCAUCUCAGCUCUACUCUUCUCCGUAGAAACGCAGCGCACCAUUGGUUAUGGGUCACGCACUGUUUCUCCCUCCUGCCACGAAAGCGUUCUGCUAGUUAUGAUACAGUGCAUUGUUGGGUCCAUGAUAGAUGCACUCAUGGUGGGUUGCAUGUUUGUUAAAAUAUCCAGACCUAAGAAGCGGGCUGAGACACUACUUUUCAGUCGCACCUGCGUUAUUGCCAACCGUGAUGACCAGCUAUGUUUGAUGUUCCGCUUGGGGGACCUGAGAGAAAGCCACAUGGUGGAUGCCAAGAUCCGUGCAAAGUUAAUCAAGUCGCGCCAAACAGCCGAGGGCGAGUUCUUGCCACUGGAGCAGACGGAGAUUGACCUCGGCUACGAAACUGGGUCAGACCGACUCUUCCUGGUGGAGCCUCAAGUCAUUCAGCACAAUAUUGACUCUAACAGCCCCUUUUGGGAGCUGGGCCCUCAGCAGCUUAGACGACAACAGUUUGAGAUAAUCGUUAUCUUGGAGGGCAUUGUCGAGGCCACAGGCAUGAUGUGCCAAGCCAAAACAUCCUACAUAGAGACGGAGAUAGAGUGGGGCGCUCGCUUUGAGCCCUGCAUGACUCUGGAGAAGGGCUCGUUCAGAGUCGACCUGCGGCGGUUCCACAGCACCUACAAGGUCCCGCUGCCGGACUGCAGCGCCAGCCAGGUCCACCAGUUAAUGCUACUGGCAGAGGACUCCAAAGCCAGCAACUGGGGGACCUGGGCAGAGGGGACGGCAGAGGAAGACAAAGACAAGCAGCCGUCUCAUGGAGGAUUCAGUUUUGAUAACAUACUUGAGGAGAGGGCGUCUGAGGACAAUGAAAGUGAGGGGAGUGCAGGAAAAAGCUAAACACCGGUUUCUUAAAACGUUUGACCUCACAUGACUCGGUAAGCUAGCUUCUCAGUUCUGUUUUACUAGUUUUGUCAUGUGUUAGCAACUAAGUUAUUUCCAUUCAAGCAGUUUAGCCUCCUGUUGUUUGAGAAUAUUGUGUCUAAAGGGACACGUUUAACUUAAAAUGGAGGCUGGUCGUCCCACUUUUUACUUGUAUUUGAAGCCCUCAAAAACUAGGGGAGAGUGGGGCACAGCCUAACCCAUUUUAGUUGGGCUAAAUUUGAGAUUAAUUAUUUUUGGUUUUAUUCUAACAACAUUUAGAAUUAUGUAUUUAUUUAUUUAUUUAUUUAUAAGGACAACUUAUUAAUCAACUUUUACUUUCUGUAAAUGUGCCAGUGUUAGCCAGUUAGCUAAUUUUCAACUGCAGUCCUUUGGCAAGAUGUUUUGAAACCAAUAAAAGGAUAAAAAAAAUCACAGGACAAUUCACAGGACAAAAGACAUACACCUAUCAGCCAAAUCAUUAAAUCCACUGACACUGAUAACAUUAUUAAUUUCAUUACAAUGCAGUGUUCUGCUGGGAGACCUUGGGUCCUGGCUUUCAUGUGUAUGCACUUUACCCACCUAAACAUUGUUAUAGACUGAGUACCCCCACUUACUGCAGCAGUAACCCCAAUGACAGUAG